AUCGCUGCUGUGGAAAUGAACACGAUUCCUGCUUCACUGAAAAGGAACAUUCAUUCCCGAGACUGCAGCGCCCCUAUUGGACAGCCGCGGUACCGCAGAGUUCAGCAGCUCCCCGAAAGUGAAAGGAUCCUGAACCCGGAAGUACCGGGAGUUAACAUGGCUUCGAAAGAACAGGUCGAGAGUUUAACCGAGGAGGUAAUUUGUCCUAUCUGCCUGGAUUUCUUCACCGAUCCGGUUAUACUGGAGUGUGGACACAACUUCUGCCGCUCCUGUAUCACACGGUGUUGGGAAAGGGAGGAGAGAAACUCCUGCCCGGAAUGUAGAGAGGAGAUUGCAGACCGCACCCUCAAGGUCAAUCGGGCCUUAGCAAAUCUGUCUGAGAAAGCUCGAAAACUAAACCUGAAUCCGAAAGAGAAGGAAAGUAAACUUCACUGCGAGAAACAUGGGGAAGACCUGAAGCUAUUUUGUGAGACGGACAAGACACUGAUCUGCCUGAUCUGUGCGACUGCGCGGGAACACAAGUCUCACAACUUCAUGCCGAUUAACGAAGCCGCUGAAAUCUACAAGGGUCGAGUUAAAUCUUCCUUAGACUCUCUCACUAAAAAGAAAUCGGACUUCGAGGAAAUGGAGCAACAACAGAAAGAGAAGAUUUCUGGAGUUCGGGAACAGUCACACAGCCUUCAGUCCCAGAUCACAUCCCAUUUUGCUGAACUGCGCCGGGUUCUCACUGAUAAAGAGCAGCGUGCACUCCGAGAUCUCAAGGAAGAAGAGGAGAGGAUUCUGAAUCCAAUGGAAAAAAAUCUUCGAGAGAUUCAAGAGAAUUUAAAUUCUAUCCAGGAGGAAAUCUCAAAGUUACAGGAACGAAUGGAUCAACAAGAAAAUGUCACACUCCUCAUGGAGGAAGCUCAUCAGAAGAGAAGGAGCUGUGAUGAUGCCCAGACAUUGUCAGUGACAGAUGGUGCCCUACUGGCUGAAAAAUUCUAUCACCCCUAUUUGUUCGACACAGCAUUGGGAAAAGCGUUUGAUGGCAUUAAGCGAGUCUCUGUCACCCUGGAUGUGGAAACGGCGCAUCCGGCGCUCGAGGUGUCUGAGGAUCAGAGGAGUGUGAGAUGGACCGGGAUUUGGAGGAAUCUCCCUGACACCGGGAAGAGGUUCACAAACUGGAUUUGUGUGCUGGGAUCGGAGGGAUUCACAUCGGGGAGACAUUACUGGGAGGCGGAGGUGACGGGGAAUCGGGGCUGGUGUCUGGGUGUCGCCGCAGAGUCUGUGGACAGGAAGGGAGAGAUCAGAGCGAGUCCGGAGACCGGAUUCUGGAUCAUCGGGCGGGAUGAUAACAGGUACAAUAAGUUCACCUCCCCCGAGUCCCGUCUCCCUGCCGGUCCCAUCCCCUGGAGGGUGGGAAUUUAUCUCAGUUACGAGUCCGGGACAGUUUCAUUUUACAACGCAGAGACCAAGUCCCAUCUCCACACCUUCACUGGGAAUAAAUUCACGGAGAAACUUUAUCCUUUCUUCUGGACUUGGGAUAAAAACCGGUGGCUGAGAAUCUACUCCGGUUCCGCUCCGGGUCUGUAAAUGGCAUGCGUCCGGGACUGGCAUCAGUAGUAAGUCAGUGUAAAUAUAAAUGUGCGGAGAGUGAAAUAAACACAAUGUGAGAAUUAUCGAUCCAUUAAUUUUAACUCGUUCACCGCAACCGUCAAUGGAACAGAAACACUGCGGAUUCAGCAGCAGCUGCGGGCGGCGGGUCCUAAGCUCCCCGGCUCCCCCGGGUGCUAAAGUCCACCGGGACUGACAGGGUAACUGGGGCAAGUGGUGGUGGUGCUGAUCGGAAGAGGGAGGUCUGGCAUCGGCUGGGUGUUGAGAGCAGAACCAAAUGCAAGGCACAGACACUGAAGUACUGGGGACAGAACUAGGUGUGUCAAGAAAGCAAGGGAAGUGGGGAAGAAACGACACUGGACAAGACACAGGUCCUGGACGAGACUAGGAAAGCAGGACCUGGACGAGGAACUUGGAACUAGGAACCUGUACAAGGACUCCGAGCCAGGGUCUGCACAGGGACCUAGAACCUGGGUCCUGACUCAGGCUCGGACUCCAGUUUCAGGUGAGGACAAGACGUGGCAAGGCAACAGGACUGGACAUGGGGGCAGGACGUGGGACUCCUGGGCUGGAUGAUGACAUGAACCUCAAACUUGGUCUUGGGAGACGGGAACAGGGAACACAGAGCUGGACCCCUCCUUGGGAACAGGACGUAGGGCUGGGACUCAUACACAGAAAGUUGAACAUGACAAGACAGUUCCCAACACUAGGUAGUGGCAAACAGCCAGACCUACCUAGUGAAGGCAAGGACACAGAGAUAGUUCCAAACAACAAAAAACAGUUCCUUAUCUGGACACAGCAAGGCUCCAGUCUUGCUCCAGCAGAGGAACAUGACAGCGAGAAUAGACGAGGCUCAAGGGAAAAGGUAGCAGGCAAAGUCAAGGGCUACAGAAAUAAGAGGAAGGGAAUUGAACUGUCCAGCCUCAGAGUAUCAGCAAAGAUGACCUGACUUACCCCACAGAGGCAAGGACAGGAUACUGACGAGAUGAACCAGCACCCACACUCGAACCCAGGGCCACUUAAAUUCCCAGCCACAAGACGAGCAUCAGGUGCCUAUGAUUAAAUCCAACUGAAAUAAGGGACAGCUGGAAAUCCCGGAGUCCAGAGUACAUGAAACAGAACGCGGAUUUCAUGGACCGGAUCAUGACAAGGUCAGGGUGAAUCUUGGUAACAUGGGAGAUAUAGCGGUGGUAACAAGCAAAGUGCCUGAGACACCCAACGUGUCAGGUAACAUAUGUGGAAGGAAAAGGACACGUGAUGGGUGGAUCCAGGUGAGUGGGUGAUAGGUAGAUGGGGAGGGGUGGAGUGUGGAAAUGAGUCAGAAACUGGGAGGUGAGAGGUGUCAGUGACAAAGGACUGAAGAUUUUGAAAUCUGACAGAGGGGGAAUGUGGAACCUGGAAUAAA